GGGUGAGUUUAUUAAUUUCAUGAAAUCAGUAGACGAUGGUUUGAAGAAUCCACAUUGAAAAAAAGUAAGAUUUUGCCAGUUCUACAGUUGCAGGUACCUUGUACUCAGUUACAUUAAGCAGAACAAACAUAUGUUUCCCAAUGGCAAUUAAACUACUUGCUCUUCAUUUGUUGUGGAUCCUAUCCUGCUUAAUUCAAGAUGCGGAAAGCAUCUGUCUUAUAAACUGCUGUACAAACUGGAAUGACUCGCUGAACUGUUCCUGGUCUGGCAUAAUCUUCAAUGAGAUGUCACCAUCUCCAUUGACUCUUGAAGUUGAGUGCAGGGAUUAUGGAGGGGAAAUCAAUGGCAGCUGUGAAAUUAUAUCCUCGCAAGGCUGGUGCUUAAUACGACCAAAGGAUUUCUAUCUAUAUGCAUCCCUUGGAACACGCUGCAGUUCAAAAAUAAAAUAUUCCGAGAAGCUAAAUGUAAUGCCCGCUUGUACAAAUGAUUCAUUUUGGAAUCUGGAGGAUAUGGUGAAACCCCAACAGCCAUUUAAUGUGCAUGCGACAGAGACCAAAGAAAGCUACAAUAUCACUUGGGAGACAGAUGAUCAACUUGAAAACUUAAUGUACAGAGUGCGAAUUAGGACAAAAGAUGACCCCCUAAAGGAUCCCAUACAUUAUACUGUAAGACAGGAUCAGAAGUACAUAACUAUAAACUACAUACAGUUGGAACAACAGGCUGAAUGCAUGGUGGAUGUACAGGCUAAAGUUGGACCUAAUUCUAUUCACAAAGGCCCCUGGAGUGAAUGGAGUUCUACCACAGAACUGGAUAAACACACAUUCACAGCACACAUUGUUGACACGAAAAGAGAUGAUAUAUUAUGGUGGAGCCUGCUAUCAUUGGUGUUUGUCCUUGGUGUCCUUGGCCUAAUUUACUGUAGAAAACCAUCUUGGUUUACAAUGAAAUACAUCCCAAAGCCAGAUGCAUUUUUCCAGCCACUCUACCAUACAUAUGAUGGGGAUUUCAAGAAAUGGGUCAGACCGAUCUUCAGUGAGUCUGACCACUUGAUGAUGAACCCACCUGUUCAAGAGAUGCCUGUGAAGCAGUUGGAAGUCAUCAUGCUGACCUGUGGAAGCAUAAAAGAGAGAAGCAGUGAGGACAACCAGGGAAACGGUAGACACGGUAUCGCCUCCCUACUCAGUCUGGCACCCCACAGUUCCUCGUUACUCUACUUCAGUGGGGGAAGCGGGCACAGCACUGGUCACUCAGCUGGUCACAUCUCUAUCCAUACUGUGACCACAUCUGGGGGGGGGGAGGCCACAUUUGGAGGCAGCACAAAUGGUUUAGGCAGUAAGUUUAAAACUUCAACGGAUUGCAAUAUGAAUAAUGAAGAAAGGUUAUCUGUACAGAAAGGAAGAAGAUCAUCGAUUUGUUCACUAGCUGUGGAGUGGCAGCCACAAGCCCAACACAUUGAACCUGAACAAAUUUCACUGGAUUCCUUCUGCUCAAAUGAACCGUCGGAUGAUGGCUAUCCCAGAGUGGACUUGGACACCAUUGACAGUGGCUUUAUGGAGUCAGACUGCGGCCCCCCAAUGAACUCAGAGUUUGAUAAUGUGGAGCAAAUGAACUCCUCUUUACUGAGUGGAGCAGAAAGCUCAAACUAUGUCAAGCAAUGGAUGAUUUGCAACACCGUGGAGGGAAAUCCUGACAACCCACAGAAGCACAGUACAUCCACCCCAUAAGCCCCUCUUAACUGAAGAGAAAAAAAACAAUCCAAUAUAUUGAAGACUAUUGUUUUGUAUAUAAUUGUUUUAUUGACUUUGUAACUGCUUGUGUGAACUAAAUAAUGUUUUUCUAUUGUUAUUAAUCUUUUGUCAAAUAGUUUAACAUUAUUUAUAGUGCAACAUUUAGUGUAUUAGGAUAUUGUAGUGUUUCGUAUCUGAUACAGAGAUAAAAAAAAUAAAAAAUUAAAAGAUUGUUGUUGAUAUAAAGUUCUUAGCAUGUUAUUGUGCAUUAAUGUUUGAUAGCGACAUGUGUGUGCAUAUUCCAAUUGUUUCACCCAGAUUCAACAUACAAUUCAGCUUUACAAAUGAAAAGAUGUGUGUUGGUGAGUUUGUGACAAUAAAAGUACCGAUUACAUCUGUUUAUCUAGACAUUAUCACGCAAACACUUCGAGUUUCACUAUUAUCACUAAACUGCCUGCCACAUGACGUGCAUGGAUAAAAAGAAUACGAUACAAUCUUAAAUGUGAUAAUAAGACCAUACUUUGGUGGUGCAUUUUAGUCUGGCUCUGGUUUCACACAUUGCUCUUUAGUAGAUCUACUGCAUGAAAAGGAACAAGAUGCAUGUUAAUUGGAAGUCUUUGCUGAUACUGUGUGAAUUCUGCAGCAUUAUUAAUUUGUCAGGGGGUACUACUGAUGAAGAUCCAAUAAAUGGACUCAGCUGUACGACAGAUUAUAAGUUUACAAUUAACUGUAUUUUGAAAAGAGACACAACAGUUACCAUCCAGUACUGGCUGGAUUUCAAAUGGAUUAAUGAUAAAGAGGGGCAUUGCAUGUUUAAAUGUCCACUUGUAAAAAUAGGGGAUCAUCAUUAUAAUUGCACAUUUGUGACUGUAAAUAAAACAAAGCGCGGAUUCAGAGCAUCUGACCAUUUCAACGUAACGCUUUGUUAUGACGCUGACUGUUAUAAAAGUGUAACAACAUUUUGGCCUUCAGCUAAUGUUAAACCAACUGCCCCAACUGAUCUCAAAGUCCAGACCACACCUGAUAGUUACAACAUUUCCUGGACAAGUGGCUAUGAAAACCACAUAACACCAUUGACGUACAAGAUAUCCAUACAAAAAAAUAUUGACAAUGAGAUUCAUAAGGAAUUUAGUGUGUACAACACGUUUUUCUUAAUGAACGCAUCCAAACUUGAUCCAGACCAAGAAUACCUUGUUAAAGUGAGAUCUGAAAUGUUAUAUUCAAAAUUGUAUAAAGGAGAGAAGAGUGAGUGGAGUAUGAUGAUACGGCUAAAAACCAGUGCAAAACAGGCAUCAAGGGGGUUCCUCAAGUCAGCAUUGCCAGUGUGUUUGGUCGUUGCAGGUCUGAUCUUAUACAGCUUAUACAUUCCCAUCAAAAGAGUGAAGAUUGAAGCUUGCUUACAUGUGCCAUCCCCAGCCCCCUUCUUCCAGCCUCUCUUCAAAGAUUAUAAUGGAAAUCUUAAUGACUGGCUUGCAUCAGAUGGGAAUUUGAAGUGGAUGCAUGAAAUAGAAGAGGUCCAGAUAACAAACACUUUGAUUAUUGAGAGUAAACCUAUUAAGGAAGACCACUGCAUUUCAGCAGCAGCAAAUACACCAUUGCAAGAUCAGAGUCCUUAUGUUGAUGCUUCUUUGAUGAACUGGUUCUCUUCUAAGAAAAAUGGUCCUUGAGACAUCUCCCACACACAGGACCCAUGUCCAACCCUAGAGUCACGUUAUGGAGAUCAUCCCCUCGCCUCCGAAGUUUGAAGCAACUAGUAAAGAUGACUCUGGAUGUGAAGAAUUGAUGCUCAAUCCUGUUAGCCCAUGGCCAGAGACUCCCCUAUCACUUUAAAUGCCACUGUGAGGGUUACGACAUCCUUAAAAUUAUCCCAGAGAGUGUCAUUCUUGCUUGUCGUUCAUGUGCAAAUUGUGGUAAGCUGCAGUCUCUCAUUUCAUAAGUAAGAAUGUGGUCUGUCAGGCUGAUGGCAUGAAUAUGUGUUUGCAAAGGAUGUAUAAACACAUGAAAUAAACUAAAAAGGGAGACAUAUGUCUUAUUUGUUAAAUCGUUCCUUUACUUUAUGUCCCAUUUGGAAGUGUUGUCACAAUGUAUUUCUUCUUCAGUUGUGGUUCUCAUUGAUGGGCUGUCUGUGCUUUAUUUAUAUUGUAUUUUUUAAUCCAGCUGGUCAAAGCACAAAAAUAGUUUUAUUUAGAUGUAAUGUAAAGGUGGGUGACUGUAUUUAUGAAAUCACUUUUUUCAGUUUGGGUUAGGGUCAGGGUUAGGAAAAGUAGACAGGAAAGUAGACAAGUCUGUAUUAGCUCUAGUUUACUUUCAUAACCUUCGUGCGGGCCUAUUUCCAUCCAGCACAGGGCUCAAUUGAUUCGUUGUCCUUUUAUUAUUUUUUUUUACUUAUUUUGUGUAUUCGUAAUAUUAGUGGCGUUGUUGUACACAUUAUCUCCGAAGGCUUGUACUUGUCCUGGUUGUUGGUUUUAUUUCACUUAUCA